CUCCCACCGCGGCCCUUUAUUCGCAUCCAGACCGUGUUUCCUGCCGGUGGAGCCCAGCCGGAGCCCCGCUAGGCGGGCAUGGACCUCUAAGCGCGGAAGUGCAGCCCCUGCAGGCUCGGGAAUUCAGCAUGCAACCGCCUGGCUGGGCUGCUGCCUUGCUCCUGCUGCUGCUUCAGGGCGGAUGGGGCUGCCCAGACCUGGACUGCUACACCGAUUACCUCCAGACCAUCACCUGCGUGGCGGAGAUGUGGCCCCUCCGCUCCAGCACCCUCACUCUUACCUGGCAAGACCCAAACACGGAGCUGCAGGAUGAGGUCACCUUCUGCAGCCUGCACAGGUCCAGCCACAACGCCACACACGCCAGGUACACCUGCCACAUGGACGUGUUCCGCUUCCUGGCCGACGACAUUUUCACUGUCAACGUGACGGAUGACUCUGGCGGUGACCCCCGGGAGUGCGGUGGCUUCCUGCUGGCAGAGAGAAUCAAGCCGGCUCCUCCCUUCAACGUGACGGUGACCUUCUCGGGCCUCUACAAUGUCUCCUGGCAUUCCGAUUACUAUGAAGACCCUGUCUUCUACGCACUGCGGGGCAAGCUGCAGUACGAGCUGCAGUAUAGGGACCGUGCGGACCCCUGGGCGCUGAGCCCGGUGACAAAGCUGAUCUCAGUGGACUCCAGAAGUGUCUCCCUCCUCCCUGGGGAGUUCCACAAAAACUCAAGCUAUGAGCUGCAGGUGCGGGCGGGGCCUCAGCUCGGCUCCUUCUUUGGGGGCACCUGGAGUGAGUGGAGCGACCCGGUCAUCUUUCGGACCCAGCCUGAGGAACCCAAGGCCGGCUGGGACACCCGCCUGCUGCUCCUGCUCCUGUCCCUGCUUGUCUUGGUUCCCCCGGCCGUUGUCUUCGUGGGCCUGAAGAUCCACCUGCCCUGGAGGCUGUGGAAGGAGGUGUGGGCCCCGGUGCCCAGCCCGGAGCGGUUCUUCCAGCCCCUGUAUGAGGGCCACAGAGGAGACUUCAAGAAGUGGGUGGGUGCCCCCUUCACUGCCUCCAGCCUGCAGUUGGCACCCUGGAGCCCAGCAGUGCCAUCCAUCCUGGAGGUGCCUGCCUGCCUGCCGUCCCAGAACCUGGCCAAGGGACUGGAGGUCCUGGGGCUGCCAGGGCCCACAGACCUGCUGGAGUCUGAUGGGGCUCCUGAGCCCGGGCCCCCCACUGAGGCGGGCAGCCCGCAUGCCUCAGACUACAGUGAGGAGAGGGACCGGCCGUAUGGCUUGGUGUCCAUCGAUACUGUGAUGGUGGCGGAUGCGGAGGACCUGUGUGCCUGGCCUUGCCGCUGUGGGGACGACGGCUACCCAGCCUUGGACCUGGACAUGGGCCUGGAACCUGGCCCUGGCCCCGAGGACUUGCUCCUGGGCACAGGGGCCAGAGUCCUCUCCUGUGGAUGUGUCUCGGCAGGGGGCCCUGGGUGGGGAUGGCCUCGGGGCAGCCUGCUGGACAAGCUGAAGCUGUCCCCAGCCGACGACGAGGCCUGGGCUGCAGAGCCACCCUGGGGCGGGCCGUCGGCAGGCGGCAUCUCUGGGAUCUGGCACACGAGGAGGCCACAGGACCAGGACCCGCCAGUGAGCUGUGAGAAGCGACCAGGCUCAUCAGGUGGACAGUGGCAGUGUCCCCUGGGGUGCUUCCCUGUCCUGGUGCGUGAGACGGUGACUGCUCCGUCACCCUGGGACUUCACGCGGGUGGACAAGUUCUGUGAAGCCCAGACCGGCCCUCGGCCGCCUACAGCUGCUGGACGCCCCCCCCCCCCACGCCGCCAGCAGCCCCAGCCGGCCCAGACCUGGCAGGCUGGUGGCGGCUCCUGUGCUGUGCAGGGCGCCCUGUCCAGGCGAAGCGCAGCCCGCAGGCGCAGUGAAGCCCCACACCGCCUGUCUACCCCAUGCUCCCAGGAUGAGUGUGAGGGAGGUAGGGUGAACUGCGCUGCCCUGGUACCCCAGAAUCCUGCAGAUGUCGAGGGAAUGAAAAGCAGGACGGCCACAGCCACGGAAGCUGGAGCCGCCUCUCAGCAGUGA